UCCCGCUUCAGAGCCGCGUGACGGCCGCGCCGGCUCCCAGCGAAGCGAAAACGAAAUCAGAGCGUUUCCUCAUUUCCUGGCUCGUGAUUUGUCCAGCAAAUUGCAGCUGGUGUCCCGGUUUCUGUCCCGGUGUCCGUCCCGGUGUCUGUCCCGCUGUCCGUCCCGGCGCUGGGGACACUCCGCUCUGUCCCCGUCACCCGCGGGUCCGGACGCGCCACCCAACAAGCAGCUUUGCCAGGGGUCAAUUGCGGCUCCGAGCCCUCAGCUCCCGGCACAGGUGACACCGAGUCCCCGGUCCCGGCGGAGCGGGAUGAAGCUCCUGGUGGUUGUCACCGUCCUGGGGACCGUCACCGUCCUGGUGGCGCCGGGACAGCCCGACCCCGCGCUGGACUGGCACUGGCAGCUCUGGAAGAAAACCUACGGCAAGGAGUAUCGGCACGAGGAGGAGGAAGGGCAGCGGCGGGUGACGUGGGAGAGGAACCUGCGCCUGGUGACGCUGCACAACCUGGAGCACUCGCUGGGGCUGCGCUCCUACCAGCUGGCCAUGAACCACCUGGGGGACAUGACCAGUGAGGAAGUGGCGGCUUCAUUAACCGGGCUCAAGGUUUCUGCUCGGGCAAACCGGAGCUCCCGGUACCGCCCGCAGCGCCGCGGCGGGACCCCGGACACGGUGGACUGGAGGGACCAGGGCUGCGUCACCGAGGUGAAGAACCAGGGCGCGUGCGGGUCGUGCUGGGCCUUCAGCGCCGUGGGGGCCCUGGAGGGGCAGGUGAAGCUGAAGACGGGCAAGCUGGUGUCCCUGAGCGCCCAGAACCUCGUUGACUGCUCUGCCAUGUACGGGAACAAGGGCUGCGAGGGAGGCUUCAUGACCAGCGCCUUCCAGUACAUCAUCGACAACGAGGGCAUCGACUCGGACGAGUCCUACCCCUACACGGCCCAGAACGGGACGUGCCGGUACAACGCGUCCAAUCGCGCCGCCACCUGCUCCAAGUACGUGGAGCUGCCGUACGGCGACGAGGCCGCCCUGAGGGACGCCGUGGCCACCGUGGGGCCAGUGGCCGUGGCCAUCGAUGCCACCCAGCCCACCUUCUUCUUGUACAAGUCAGGCGUGUACGACGACCCGCGGUGCACGGACGAGGUGAAUCACGCCGUGGUCGUCAUCGGCUAUGGGACCCUCAACGGUAAAGACUAUUGGCUCGUGAAAAACAGCUGGGGGGUGCACUUCGGCGACGCCGGCUACAUCCGCAUGGCGAGGAACCACCACAACCACUGCGGCAUCGCCAGCUUCGCCUGCUACCCGCUGCUGUAGAGCCCGUUAACCCCCGUGUGUCCACACCGACCCGCCGGCACGGCGAGGAACCACCACAGCCCUGUGGCUUCGCCUGCUGCCCGCUGCUGUAGAGCCCGUUAACCCCCGUGUGUCCACACCGACCCGCCGGCACGGCGAGGAACCACCACAGCCCUGCGGCAUCGCCUGCUGCCCGCUGCUGUAGAGCCCGUUAACCCCCGUGUGUCCGCACCGAUCUGCCAGCACGGCGAGGAACCAGCACAGCCCUGCGGCAUGGCCAGCUUCGCCUGCUGCUGUAGAGCCCGGUACCGUGUGUCCACACCGAACAACCCCGGGCAGCGAUCUGCCCUGGGCUGCACGAGGGUUCGGAGCUGAUCGCCAGGCGCCUUCUGGCUGCUUUUUGGGGGAAAAAAGACCUUUUUCCCCACAGAAAAGAGGCUGGGACGCAAAAGGCGUUUUCUCCCGGCCGGCGCUGCCAUGCUCAGCUCUGCCGGCGGUCACGCCGGUUUCAGCGCGGUGGCGGUUUCCCGUCCCGCUCCGUGCGGCCGCACCAGCACCCUUCGGCUCCGGGCGGCGCUGGCGGCACCGCGGAGUUUAUUGGGAAAAAUAAAAUAAGUAAAAUAAAAUCAGCUUUACGGUGCAAAAGCGAAUCUGUGCGUGGGGGGGGCGCUGCCGGCACAGCCUGAUCCUGGUUUAUAUUGUUCUGUUUGAUUCUGCUUUAGUCUGCUUUGCUUUCUUCUGUUUUACUCUGUUCUAUUUACAAUAUAAUAUGUCAGAUGAUAUAUCAUAGGUGAUAGGUGAUAUAUCAUGGAUGAUAUAUCAUACGUGAUAGGUGAUAGAUGAUAUAUCAUAGAUACUUGUGAUUGAUAUGAUGGUGUGAUAUGAUGAUAUGACAUGAUAUAUAAUAUGAUACAAUGAUAUGAUUUAUAUGAUUUGAUAUGGUAUUAUGCUGUAUCAUAUUAUAUUCUAUUGUAUUAUAUCAUACUAUAUUAUACUAUAUUAUACCAUACUACCUUUCCUUCA